UACGGGUAGCUGUGGAGACUGCGACAAAUGCUUGUUCCUAUUUUCACUCUCAAGCUUAGUCACAAGAUACAUCCGCGUCUUGUAGCGUUGGGAAAGUACGAUGGGAUGCAUCCGUGCCUUACAGCGGCAACGGUUGCCGGAAAAGUUCUCGUUCAUAACCCACACGCUCCUCAGUUGAAAGGGAGUCGUUCCUUGGCGGCUGGGCCUGAUAGCGACAUCUCCUUGUUGAAUAUCAACCAGCAAGUGACUGCUCUCUGUGCCGGCAAUUUGCUGCCUUCCGUCACGAAGAAAGACUAUCUCUUUGUCGGGUCGCAGACGAAUCUGUUGGCGUAUGAUGUGGAACGGAACUGUGAUUUGUUCUAUCGUGAUACGCCUGAUGGAGUUAAUGCUCUGACUGUAGGCCGAAUUGGUAGAAUGCCAUCACCAUUGGUGGUUGCUGGAGGGAACUGCUCUCUGCUUGGGUUUGAUGAAGAGGGGUCGGAUGUGUUUUGGACUGUUACGGGGGAUAUCGUGUCUUCCUUGACUUUGGCUGAUUUUGACAAUGAUGGUGAGCUGGAGCUCGUAGUUGGUUCAGAUGACUUUGACAUUAGAGUUUUCAAAGAGGCCGAUAUGAUUGAAGAGAUAACAGAAACAGAAGCGGUAACAUCACUGUGUUCAAUAGCAUCGACUGGAAGUCGAUUUGGUUAUGCUUUGGCAAAUGGUACUGUUGGAGUGUAUGAUAGAACGGCUCGGUACUGGAGAAUCAAGUCAAAAAAUCAUGCUGUUUGCAUUACAUCAUUCGAUAUCGAUGCCGAUGGAGUUCCCGAAUUGAUAACUGGCUGGUCCAAUGGCAAAGUAGAUGGGCGAAAUAACAGGACAGGAGAGGUGGUUUUUAAAGAUAAUUUCUCUGCUGUGAUUGCUGGGAUGACCUGUGGAGAUUACAGAAUGGAUGGAAAAGAAGAACUGAUAUGUUGUGCUGCUGAUGGGGAGAUACGAGGCUAUUUGCCAACCCCAAGGCAAGGACCAAGAGCUCAUCUUGGAGUUGCAGCUGCAAUGAGAGAACAAGGUGGUAGUUUAGAGCAGGAGCGGAUCAGGGAAUUGAAUCAACGGAAACAACAGCUUCUGCUGGAGCUGCAGAAUUUUGAAGCAAAUACGAAGGUUGCAGAAAUGAAUGCGAUUAGUCAGGUGACUGGUCCAACUUUUCAAGCUGAUGGAGUUCAUGUAGGAGUCAUCCCUGCAAACACACAGCUUCGUACGGCACUUACUGUUGUUGCGGCCAGUGAGAACAUGCCAGCACACAUUCAACUUUCUCUUGCCACAUCCAAUAAUACAAUUAUAAGGUCUGUCAUGGUCUUUGGUGAGGGCAUAUUUGAAGGAGAAAGCUAUGUAGCUCAUCCUCGACCAUCAGCUCUGGCUAGUGAUCUAACCAUUCCCAUAAUCCCACCACGUGAUAUUCCAAUUGAUCUUCAUCUCAAAGCUCUAGUUGGCCACCGAACAAGUAGUCAGUUCCAUGUAUUCGAGCUGACCAGGCAGUUACCACGUUUCACUCUUUAUUCCCUUUCUCCGCCUGAAGCCGACAUACCAACACCAAAAUCUAGCGUCACUUUCCAGACAACCGAACGAGUCAGCAGAGUGAUCAUGUGGAUCAAUCAAAGUUUUUUAUUAAACGAUCCCCUCCAGGCUACUAGUGAUCAUCUAAGUGUCAGUUUCAUCUGUCUAAGAACUAACGAUCCACUCAAGAUAGAGAUGGCCAAUGGGCAGAUCACAAUCCACACUGACAACAUGGAUCUAGCUGGAGACACCAUCCAGGCCAUGGCUGCUUUUCUUGGUAUUGAAGACCUUCAGGUGACUGCAGAGUUUCCUGAUGAAAUGGUCAGACUUCGUGAUGUCCUAGAGAAAGUGGAUGAAUUCCAUACUUCACGACAGAAGCUGACUGCAGAGAUGGCAGAUCAUUCAAAUCUUAUCCGUAGUCUAAUUGUCCGAGCUGAAGAUGCUCGACUAAUGGGUGACAUAGCUGGGAUGAUGACAGGUUAUACUCAGCUAUAUGAUCUCAAUCGUGAUUUACUCACAGGAUAUAAACUUCGAUGUACAAAUCACAUGGAGCUGUUGUCUCACCUCAAGGUUGUUAACCAGUACAUACAGCGAGCAGGGAGACUGAGAGUUGGCAAGUCAAAAACACAAGUCAUUGCUGCAUGUCGUGCUGCAAUCAAGGGAAAUAACAUUCAAGGCUUGUUUAAAACUAUUAAACUAGGAUUUCCAUAA